AUGCAAGAUUGUAAACCAGUAACGUCACCGAUGGAUAGUUCUGUCAAAUUAAUGGAACAGAAGAAUGAAGAGGAUAUCAUUGGAAAGAGAUUCCCUUAUCGAGAAGCAGUGGGCAGCCUAAACUAUAUUGCGUUGAUAUCGAGACCAGACAUAUCUUACGCUGUGAAUACCCUUGCAAGAUUCUCGAAUAAUCCGUCGGAAGUACACUGGAGAGCAAUUAAACAUGUGAUGAAAUAUCUCAAGGGAACAAUUGGUUUUUCUUUGUGCUACAAAGGAAAGUCAGAAGAUAAAUUAGUUGGAUACUGUGAUUCCGACUAUGCAGGAGAUCUAGUGUCAAGAAGGUCAACAUCUGGAUAUGUGUUUAUGCUACACGACGCACCAAUAUCCUGGUCAUCAAAUCUCCAACGAGUUACAGCACUUUCGUCAACAGAGGCGGAGUACAUGUCCAUUUCGGAAGCUCUAAAGGAACUCCUAUGGUUACGGUCACUGUUGGAAUCUUUUGGUCUGAAGCAAGCAGGAAAGACUGAAUUGAGGGUAGAUAAUCAAGCGGCAAUAGCUAUGUCGAAGAACCUUGAAUUCCAUAAAAGGACUAAACAUAUUGAAAUACGUUUUCAUCGGAUUAGACAAGAGCAGGAAGCAGGGAACGUGGAUGUUACCUACGUACCAUCAAAUAAGCAGGUAGCAGACUUGUUAUCGAAGGGCUUAACAUGGGCGAAGAUUUCAGAGUAUCUGGAAAUUUUGAAGAUGACGUCAUGA